AUGUUUAAAUUAAUCCAAAGAGCUUGCUUCAGAUACGCAGUGGCUAGCGGCAAGGCUGAGGCUGAAAUCAAAUCAGUAGCAGGACAUAAACCACCCUCUUUCGAAGAUACCGUCUAAGGAAAAUAUGCUGGAGUGCUUUUCUCUACUGCAUCUUAAAGGGAAGCUCUUCAUUUGGUACUUUAAGAUAUGAAGUACUUCAAAGAGUUGGCUGAAAAGAGUCCAGUAUUUGCAGGCUUCUUAUUAAACUCUGCAUAUAAGAGAAAUCAAUAAAGAAAUGUUAUAUAAGCAUUAACAAAAGAAGGAUUUCACGAGGUCACAGUAAAUUUGUUAAAUACUAUGAUUGAUAGUCAAAGAAUCUCAUAUUUGAGUAAGACUGCUGAGAAAUAUAUCGAAUAUUAUAGAAUCUUUAACAAAGAAGAAAAUAUUACAAUAAUAUCAGCAGAAUCAUUAUCUGAAGAAUAAAGAGCCCAAGUUGUUGGAGCCUUGAAGGAAUCUAGUCCUAAUGUUCAAUUCUCUGUAUAAUAUAAAGUGGACCCAUCCAUUUUGGGAGGUUUGUAAAUGUAUUCUGGCAACAAAUUCUUGGAUUGCUCAUUGUUGUCAAGAGUGAAUAAAUUGAGAUCAGAGUUGUAGAAGUUGAGCAUUUGAUUAAGAAUAAGCAAUAAAAUAAUAAUUAUAUUAUUAAUCUAAAAUA